AUGGACUCCAAACAGUUGGCAUUACUUAAAGGGUUCAUCAAAUUAAUCGACGAAAACCCAGAAACACUUGAUUUGCCUGAACUCUCAUUCUUCAAAGAAUGGCUCCUUCGUCUUGGUGCGAGGAUUCCCACGGGCUCAACUGGGGAUCAUAAAGAACCUCAUGCCGCUGCUCCACCAAAGGAAAGUGACUCUGGUGCAGAGGAAACAUCUGAAUCAGAAAUAGAGUUCGAUGAUGCUGAUGAAGUGCUACCGUCUGACUCGGAUGUAAACCAGGAGAUGGGCGAUGAGUCGGUGGAGAUCACCGAAGAAAUGAUCGACCAAGCAGAUGGUAAGAGAACGGAGGCUCAGGCGAAGCUCUCAGAAGGUGAUAUCGAAGGUGCCAUCGCAUUGUUUACCGAGGCAAUCAAGCUUAAUCCGACAUCAGCCUUGUUGUACGCGAAGAGAGCGAGGUUGCUAGGAGAGUGGGAAGGUGCUUAUAACGACCUACAACUCUCUCUAAAGCUGGACUAUUCAGACGAUGCGUACCAGGCUAUGAAGGAUGUCGAACCGAAGCACAAGCGUAUUCUAGAGCACAAUCUAAAGUAUCAGCGUAAACGCGAAGAAAAGCGAGAAAAGGAACGCCGCGAACGAAUCAAAAAAGCACAAGAAAGUCGUGAACGAGCACAAAGGGAGCCUGACACGUUUGGUAUGCCAACCGGUGAGGGCAUGGGAGAUGCGUUCUCUUCACUAUUCAACGAUCCCGAGCUAAUAACUUUGUUGGAGGACCCCGAAGUGAUAAAGGCUUUUCGCGAAGUCUCAACCAACCCUGCUGCCAUGCACAAGUAUGAAAACAAUCCAAGGGUAAAGAAAGUCCUAGACAUGAUGUCGAAAAAGUUCGGCGGCUCCAUGCCAGGUGGUAUGCCCUCAGGUUUCACAAUGCCCGGACAAUCCUGUCCAGAUUUAGAUUGA